AUGGCUUCGACGGCGACCACCCUCAAGGGCCAGCCCCUCGACCGUGCCCUCCUCGACUCGACGCUCCGCCGUCGUCUGUUCUACACCCCCGCCUUCGAGAUCUACAAUGGCGUGGCCGGUCUCUUCGACUACGGCCCGCCCGGCUGCGCUCUGCAGGCCAACAUCAUUGAUAUCUGGCGCAAGCACUUCGUCAUCGAGGAGGACAUGCUCGAGGUCGACUGCACGGUGCUGACGCCCGACGAGGUCCUCAAGACGAGUGGCCACGUGGAGAAGUUUGCCGAUUGGAUGUGCAAGGAUCCCAAGAACGGCGAGAUUAUGCGCGCCGACCACUUCGUCGAGGAUAUCCUCGAGGCGAGGCUAGCUGGUGACAAGCAGGCUCGUGGCCAAAAGGUCGAGGAGGACGAGGAUGCUGCGGCCGAAAACAGUGAUAAGAAGAAAAAGAAGAAGUCCAAGGCCAAGGCCGAGGCUGUCAAGCUCGACGAUGCCGUCGUCCAGGAGUACGAGGAGAUCCUCGCUCAGAUUGACAACUACCACGGCGACCAGCUCGGCGAGCUCAUCCAAAAGCACGACCUCAGGAACCCCACCACUGGCGAGCUCCCCUCGCACCCGGUCCCCUUCAACCUCAUGUUCCAGACCGCCAUCGGCCCCAGCGGCCACCUCCAAGGCUACAUGCGUCCUGAGACCGCCCAGGGCCAGUUCCUCAACUUUGCCAAGCUCCUCGAGUUUAACCAGAAUGGCAUGCCCUUCGCGUCGGCGUCCAUUGGCCGCUCGUACCGAAACGAAAUCUCGCCCAGGGCCGGUCUCCUCCGAGUCCGUGAGUUCCUCAUGGCUGAGGUCGAGCACUUCGUCGACCCCGAGGGCGGCAAGAAGCAUGACCGCUUCCACGAGAUUGAGCAUAUCGAGCUUGUCCUUCUCGACCGACACGUGCAGCUCAGCGGCAAGACGGAUCUCAAGAAGAUGUCCAUUGGCGAGGCCGUCAAGAACCAAGUCAUCGAUAACGAGACGCUCGGCUACUUCCUUGCGCGUAUCUACCUCUUCAUGAAGAGGAUCGGCGUGGACGAGUCCAAGAUGCGGUUCCGUCAGCACAUGGCUAACGAGAUGGCCCAUUACGCCGCCGACUGCUGGGACUGCGAACUCCUCACCUCGGCCGGCUGGAUCGAGUGUGUUGGUUGCGCCGACCGAAGCGCGUACGAUCUGACGGUCCACGCGAAGAAGACGGGUGCCGCUCUCUACGUGCGCGAGCGUCUGGACGAACCCAAGGUCAUCGAGGAGUACGAGGUCGACAUCGACAAGAAGCUGUUCGGACCCCGGUUCAAGAAGGACGCCAAGGCCGUGCAGGCGGCGCUCGAGGACACGAAUCAGCAGGAGCGCGAGUGCUACGGCAAGACGUUAGCCGAGGCCGGCAAGUUUACUAUCAAGGUCCCUGGCGUUGGUGACGGCAAGGUCGAGAUUACCAAGGACCUCGUCAAGAUUGAGCGCAGGAAGCGCACGGUCAACAUUAGGGAAUACACUCCCAACGUCGUCGAGCCCUCGUUUGGUAUCGGCCGUAUCCUCUACUCGCUCAUUGAGCACUGCUACUGGACUCGCGCUAGCGAGGGCGGUGACGAAGCCCGAAGCGUCCUCUCUUUCCCCCCUACCGUAGCCCCCACCAAGGUCCUCCUCGUCCCCCUCUCCACCAACCCGGCCUUCAAGCCCUUCGUCACCGCCAUCUCCAAGAAACUCCGCCAGCUCGGCAUCUCGAGCAAGGUGGACGCCUCGUCGGCGACGAUCGGCAAGCGGUACAGCCGCAACGACGAGCUCGGCACCCCUCUAGGCGUGACGAUCGAUUUCCAGACGGUCAAGGACGGCUCGCUGACGCUGCGCGACCGCGACUCGAUGGUGCAGGUGCGCGCCGAGGAGGACAAGAUCCUCGACGCCAUCAAGGCUAUUGUUGACGGCACCAAGACGUGGGAGGAUGUGGAGAAGGAGUUGCCGAGGUUUGUUGGGCAGGAGUUGGAGGUUGAGGUUCGAUAG